AUGACCUUCGAAAGUACACGCUGGCAGUUACGUCACUAUUCAAGUUUGAACGAGAAGAAAACUAUGUACUUCAUCCCAAGAGGCGGAGAUAGAAAAAAUCACGGAGGAAAAAUAGCAAAUAAGAUAGGCAACUUGAAGCAACGGAAACGAAAACGCGAAGCCAAGGAGAACGAGUAUCAAUCAGCCAAACAAGUGAAUGUUGAGCCCAAAUCCACUCGUAACGUAGUGGCUGAAGAAGCAGUAGAAUGGUUGAUGCUGAAUACUGAACCAUGGGGCGUUGUGCUUGACCAGUGGAGAACUAGUUACGAGCUGCGUAAGGUAGACUUAUUGUCCCAUAAACGCAUUCCGAAAUUUUUUACGACAUAUCCGCAAUACAAGUGCCAUCACGGUUUUCAGCUGAUCGAUAUUGAUUUCCAAAAAGCAUUUCCGAAUGCGGAGAAUGGAUGGAUGAAGCUGCCGCUGUUGCUACCUCGGAUUACAGAGUACAUCAAGAAAAGAGCAUUGGAUCCGUCAGCGGCACAGUUACUGAAGCAGCUGUUUGACGAAGGCGCCAAUAACGAUAAGAAAGUAUGUGCACUGUUGCUAGCGCUGAACACCGUUUUACCGCCUAUUGCAGCUGCAUCUCGUUUGAAGCCUACCAUCUUGAUUGGACAAGAGGACACACUGAUUUUCGUUGAUGCCAAAGAACAAGCUCAGCUGAAAGUUCAAGAAACAUAUCGGAGUUACACCGAGCUGAACCUGCCGAUUGUACCAAAACUGAUUGCAGUGGGGAAAAACUUGGACCAGCUUCAGGGAACCUUCGUGGUCUGCUACGGUGACAUAUGCUAUGAGUUCCAGUCAGCGUCAAGAGCAGUAGACAUACUUAUCAAGCUAACAGCAGUGCUCGGACUUCCGUUUUCGAAAAUUUCUAAACUGGUUUGGCACUUUCUCAGCGGCUGCAUUUACGGCAUACAACAAAAAGAAUCCUACGCGUCUAUUAACAAACUAAAGGUUUAUCUGGACAAAGGAUAAUACAAUAAUACAAAUAGUUGUCAGCAUGUCGCAGAUUACCUGUAUGAUCUAUGGCUGUUCGAUCCUUUCCGCCACACCAAAUGAAUAUCUCUUACAUCUUAAGGACUACCACAACGUUCCUGCUGUAUAUCAGUAUCGAUGUACGAUAUCCAAUUGUCCUCAAGUAUUUUCUAAAGUAUAUCCAUUCAAAAAACACAUCAACCAUCAUGCCGGAUAUCAGAACCUCGACCAUAGAAAUGCCGAACAUACUACCAGUGCCAUUAGCCAGCAAAGUCAGUCAUCGCCUCGGACAUCGCAGGAGCAUCCAUCUCUUUCGUUAGAUGCGGCGGGUUCUUCAUCACAUAAUUCUGGCUGCAGUUCAUCGAAAAUACGACGUAUUGGAAGCAUUGAUAAUCAGGAUUCUUAUGUUAACGAAAACCCUAUUCGUGUGCUUGACCUAAUGGCCUUAAAGUUAACUCUGUUCAUGCAUAAGCAUAGUAAUUUCACGAGAAAAGAUGUUUACCAAAUGCAAAACGAAAUAGCCAUAAUGUUUUCAGAAGUAGCUGAUAAUUUCGAAAAAUUCAAGCCAUACAUAACCGACCCAGAAAACAAAUUUAACUAUCAAACACAAAUUGACAAACUAAAAACUAUAUUUGACUUAGUUAACACUGAGCAUAAAUUUUUUAAGUACUUGAAAAACACAGUCGGGUUUGAACUGCCAACAAUAGUUACAUUAGAGAAAAACAACAAUAUUGCUUUCAAAUUCCUUAAUAUUGAAAAUGACACAGAAGUAGACCUCCAAAAUAACUACUUAAUCAUCAUGCCUAUCGAAUUCCAGAUUAAAGUUUUCUUUGAAUGCAACGGCAUAUUGAACGCAACGUUACGAAACACGAAAAAAUUGGAGAAGUCAUCAGAAAUAAAGAAUUACAUAAAUGGAAGUACAUGGAAAGUUAUUAAACAAAAGUAUACAAAUAAGUACGUGCUUCCGGUAUGGUUGUACGCUGACGAAUUUGAAAUAAACGAUUCCCAAAGUUCUCAUAGUAAUCGGCACAGUGUUUGUGGAAUAUAUUAUAAAUUUCCAACAAUACCCAAAGAAUAUCAAUCCAGAUUAUGUAAUAUUUUCGUAGCCGGUAUGGUUAAAAAAUCAGAUAUUAAGGAAGUGGGAAUGAAUAAGUUAAUGCAGACCUUAGUCGAACGUUUUAAAAAGUUUGAAGAAGAAGGUAUCAACAUUCAAUAUGAAGGAGAAACAGUAUCAGUUCGUUUUGUAUUAUGUUUGAUCCAAGGUGAUAAUCUGGGUGUGCACUCAAUGCUGCUUUUAGCAAGUGGAUUCAAUGCUACAUUUUAUUGCCGCUUUUGCAGACGGCCCAAAGAUCUCUUGAAGGCAGAUUGUCAGGAACACGCAGAUUGCCUACGACGACGAGAGGAUUAUGCUCUAGAUUUGGAAAUGCGAUUACCUAGUGAAACGGGAAUACAUGGAAAAACAGUUUUUAAUGAACUUCCAUCUUUUCAUGUCAUGGAAAAUGUAAGUGUAGACGCCAUGCAUGAUUUGUUCAGUUCGGGUGUUUGCAAAUCAGGCUUAGUUGAAAUCUUGGACUAUUGCGUAUACACAAAAAAGUAUUUCACUGUCAAUGAUUUCAAUUUGUACAGAAAAAGUCUUGGAAAAACUUGUAUAGACAGUGAACUUUCCCGAAUGCCAGACAUAGUCGAAACUUAUAGCGGCAAAGAAAAACGCAAAACUGUCAAUAUGCGAUUAACAUCAAGUGAAACACGUAUCUUGAUACACUACAUUACCUUGAUUAUUGGUAAAUUAGUACCUCGCGACGAUUUUGUAUGGAAGUACUGCAUAACGCUUGUAAAACUAACUGAAUUUUGUCUUAGAAGUUCAUUUUCGUUUAACACAAUUGACGAAUUGCGACGACUAAUUAACGAUCAUCAUAGUAUGUAUAUAGAACUUUUUAAAAGAGAGCUGAAACCUAAACACCAUUUCCUCGUGCAUUAUCCUUCGGUGAUAAGUGCAUCAGGUCCAGCAGCAGAUAUGAUGUGCUUCAGAUACGAGGCAAAACACAGAGCCUUCAAACAAUAUGCGCAUAUUAUGCCUUCCAGGAAAAAUAUUUGUUAUUCGCUAUGCAUCAAAGCUACGUUGCAAUUUACGUACGAUAUCUACAAUCAAUGUUUUUUUGAGGGACUUGUUACUGGUAAUUUUAAAAUGUUUGAUUUGCGUUUGCGUAAUUAUUUUUGCAAGUUAAUACAGCCAUUGAACAUUGAUUCAGACUUGAACGUGUUGUUAUCAAGUAGCGUAGAGUAUAAAGGAACUGAUUACAAUACUGGAUAUUUCAUAACUUUGUUGGAAAAUCAUAAAAUGUACCUAUUUGAAAUCAUUGAAAUCAUGAAGCAUACUCACGGGCUAUACUUGAUAAUGCAACAUUGGGAGGUAGGGGAAUACUAUGAGCAUUUGUUGGCGUAUGAAGUAGUGCGAUGUUUACCCGUAGUGGAAGUGCUGAAAAUUGACUUGUUUGAUAGUUUCCCAGUAUCUGUACAUAAAAUAGGUGAUAAGUCAUAUUUUAGAGUUAAGAAUAGUU